AUUGGAGGAAACUGAACCUGAAUAAUAAUAAUUAUAUUUUGAAUUGUUAUCAGUUCGUGGAGGAAAUAAAACGCGCUGUUUGUAUUUAUGAAGUUUAUUUAACAGCCUUCCGGCUAACAGACGAGUGUGUUUGACUCCGGAAGUGUAGUUUGAGUGAAGAAGAAGAAGAAGAUGGCUACAGGUGAUGUGAAAGGAAGUCUGAGGAAACUGCAAGCAUCACUCCGAUCUAUAAAAUACCCCAGAGAUGUGGAUUAUCAAGGGUUAUCUAAAGGAGAUCCAUCAUGCUGUCUGCCCAUCAUGAGCUACACCUUCACCUCCUUCUCCACUGCUGUAGCUGAACAUCUGGUGGAGCUCGGCAUCGAGCUCACAGGGAAAAACGACCUUAGCUUCAUGGAGUCUGUUUACAAGGUCCUGCGAGAUCUCUUCAGUUAUAAACCCCUGCUGACCAAGCAGCAGUUCCUGCAGUCGGGUUUUGCCGAGAGGAAGAUCUCACUUAUCUGCGACAUCAUCGGCUUUGUUUUGGAGAAACACAAACAGCUCACAAAAGGCACCAAGCCUGUUGGUCAGAUGAGGAGGAGGCAGCUGUCUCGUUCUGACUCGAAAUCUGUGGAAAGUUCACCACCCAGAGAGACCCAGAGGACACCAGGCCCGAAACUAGUUAAAAGCAGGUCGCUGGUGGAAAGGCACUCGGGUCACCAAACCCCAGCUCACGUCAGCUUCUCCUCCGAUGAUCAGCUCGAGGAUCAGGACGAGGACGGAAGGCGGAGACCUCAGGAUCUAGAUCUUCCUCGACCUGUUGCUCAGACGGAGUGUGUAUUGGAGAGCAGGUUGAGAACAGUGGAAGCAGGUCUGCAGGAGUGUGUGAGCAGACUGGAGCAGCAGCUGAGCAUGCUGGACGUGAGAGUGCAGGCGCUGGAGAAGGACACCGCUGGAAAGAUCUGUGUAGAGCGCAGUGUGUGGGAGGAGCUGGAGAACCGGGUCCUUCUGCUGGAGACGGGACUGACGUUAACACGGGCACAGGAUCCGAUGAGAACGAGUGUGGAGAUGAGACAGCAUCCUGAUGAGACCGUUAAGGAGCCAGUCAGUUGUCCCAGUGUGACACACCAAACCUCCCCAGCCCACCAGUUAUCAUCAUCCUCAGAGGAGAAUAUUAAAGAGCGAUUGGAGAGAAUAGCCAGUAUGAUGAAGGACACAUCCAGCCUUUUGAAGAACAUCGAGCCAACAAUAUGAGUUAAUCCUCAGUGAUGAAUGCAGAGGUUUGAAGAAAUUGAAAAAUCCUCAGAUAUGAACUUCCUCAUCGCUGUAUUUAUUUAAAAGGUUUUUUUUUUUUUUGGACAAGAUGUGAUGAAGCUGCUUCGUAGUGACGUGUCAUUAUGACCUCUAUUUUUUUAAGCUCAGGUGUGUGUGUGUGUGUGUGUGUGUUUGUUUUUAACACGGUAUGAAUUCAUGCUGGAACCGCAUUUCUCCUCUUCGUGCCUUUCGACUAGAAUGUUAUCGAGGUACCUUGUCCAGUAGAUGUCCCUGUAACACUGUAGCUCAGAUUCCUGCCUCUCUGCUGCCCUCUAUGGUCAGUGACCUGCUGUAACACCAUGUUCUCAGCAACAAGGCGAACCUACGUUGUAUUCCGUUUGUAUUUUUCUAUCAGCCCAGGCUUACAGAAGCUGUUAUAUAUAUGUCUUUAUAAUGAACACAAUUAAAGCAAAGACGUCGCUUUA